AUGGGUACAGCUGCUCCUUCGUUCUCUUUGGUGGAUUUGCCUCCCACGACGGCUCCUUCACAGUUCUCUUGCAAUUUUCUUGCUGUUUCACUGCUGUACUUUUGUUGUAUUACUGCUGUCUCUCUGCUAUUUUUCCUGCGGUUCUCUUGUAAUUUUCCUACUGUUCUUCUGCUGUUUCGUUACUGUUCUUUCACUGAGUAUCUCUCAACAGAAGAACCAAAACCUGAAGUGGACAAUUUUGACAAAAAACUUGAUACAUGGAAGAAAGGAAAUAAGGAAGGUAGCCAUACUAUUCUCAGUACAUUAUCAAAUGAGCUUUAUGAUGUUUAUUGUGCUUAUAAGACUGUACAUGAGAUAUGGGCAAUCCUGAAAAAGAAAUAUGUUGUUGAGGAUGCUGGAUCACAAAAAUAUGCUAUAGGAAACUUUCUAGAUUUUAAAAUGAUAGAAGAAAAAGAGGUAUAUAUGCAAGUCCAUGACUAUCAUUUAUUGAUAAAUGAUUUGAAAAAUGAAGAAAUAAUUCUUCCUGAAACCUUUGUGGCUGGUUGUUUAAUUGAGAAACUUUCAGAUUCAUGGAGAGAUUAUAAGAAUAGUAUGAAACAUAAGCGAAAGCAAAUGAGCUUAGAAGAUGUGAUAGUACAUAUUAGGAUUGAGGAGACGAAUAGGCUUAGAGAUAAAGUCGAUAAGGCCAAGGAAUUGACAUCCAAAGCUAAUGUUGUUGAAAACCAAGUGGCUCAUCCUCAACCUAAGAACAAGAAACCAUACAGAAAAACUAGAGACAACAAAAAUCCUCCUAAAGCCAAUCUUGCUGAGGGAGAUGAUGUUAUUGCUGCUGUGGUUGUCUCACAAGUGAACAUGAUUGCUGAAAAGAAAGAAUGGAUAAUUGAUUAUGGGGCCACAAAGCAUAUUUGUGGAGAUAGAAAUUCUUUCUAUGAAUAUAUACCAGUGAGGAAUGGAGAAGAAUGUGUUUACCUUGGUGAUUCUCGCUCUACUCCUGUUAUGGGAAAGGGGAAAAUUCUUCUCAAACUUACUUUUGGGAAAACUCUCUCACUGAGUAAUGUCUUACAUGUUCCAAACAUUCGAUAUAAUCUUGUAUCUGUUUAUGUAUUGGGGAAGGCUGGAGUGAAAGUCUCCUUUAAGGGUGACAAAAUUGUAAUGUCCAAAAAUGGGGCUUUUGUUGGGAAGGGGUAUUGUUCUGGAGAGUUAUUUAAACUCAGUGUACUUAAUAUUAUUAUGAAUGAAAAUGCACCUUCUUCUGCUUAUAGAUUUAUGGCAUGGUAG